GCCGCGGUCCCGCCCCCGCUGUUGUGCGGGCAGGGAAGAUGGCGGCGGCCGCUGUGAAGAGCAUCGGGGGCGGGCUGGGCCAGGCGCUGAGGGAGCUCCGCAUCCACCUGUGCCAGCGCUCCGCCAGCAGCCGCGGCGUCAGGGAAUUUGUCGAGCAGCACUAUGUGACCCUGAAGAAGGCAAAUCCCAACUUCCCCAUCCUGAUCCGCGAGUGCUCCGGUAUCCAGCCCAAGCUCUGGGCUCGGUACGAGUUUGGGAAGGAGAAGAGCAUCCCACUGAACAACCUAAGUGUGGAUGAAGUGGGCAAGGCCCUGGAGAGCGUUGUGAAAGGCCACGCGUGACAGAUGGGAAGUACACACGUGCUGGAGACUUGACUGAUUACCUUCAAUGUCAAAAAUGUAUCUUUAAUUUAUCAAUUCAUAAACACAAUGUGCUUACCUUGA